CAAAUUCACUCCAUUUUCACAACAAAUCAAAGACCAGUCCCGCGGAAAAAGCAGCUCAAGCCAAUUAAAAAAAAUGAAGGAAGCGACAAUUGGCCAGCGCAGGUCUUACGAUGGCGCUCUUUGCACUGUGAGAUAUAUCGGUGAAGUGGCCGGCACGACAGGAUCAUGGCUGGGUGUUGAGUGGGACGACCCAUCGCGGGGCAAGCAUGAUGGUCAGCACAAGGGCGUCCGCUACUUUACAUGCAAAAGUCAAGCUCUCACAUCGGCCUCUUUUGUCCGCCCGACCAGACCGGUGGACCCACCUCGGACCUUCCUCUCUGCGCUGCAAUACAAAUAUGCACCCCCUGAGGAACAGCAGAAGCCUGGGCAACCUGCUCCGAGGCCGAUUGUUUUCUCAGGGAAGGUAGCGGAAGAGGUUGGGUUUGAGAAGAUCAGGAGACAGCAGGCUCAGCUGGGAGAGCUGCUGUAUGUCAUCUUGGACAGCACCAAGGUUGCAACAGCAUACUCGGACGAUGAGAAAGCAAAGGGACAGCAGAUUGGGGAGGUUUGCCCCAAAAUCAGAGAGCUGGAUCUGAGUCGGAAUUUGCUGGAACACUUUGAUCCUGUGGUGGACAUCUGCGCUGAGCUGCUUCUACUGAGGAGCCUCAAGGUCAACUGGAACCGCUUCCGCAACGUGCUUGAAGACAAGAAACUCGAAAGAGCAGGCGAUGCCUUUGAAGGCGUGAAGGAGCUGGCUCUCGAAGACACGUUACUCACCUGGCACGAAAUAUGCCACAUCGCCGCUCGAUUCCCAACGCUGAGCACCCUACACGCCGGCUCAAACCAGCUAUCCUCUCUCUCACCCCUCCCGCCAUCAGCUCCCUUUACCUCCAACCUCGUCACCCUCGAUCUCGAAUUCAACCAGUUCACCUCCCUAUCCGAUCUUGCUCCCUUAUCAUCACUCACCUCCCUCAAAAACCUCAUCCUCAAAAAGAACAAAAUCACCACCCUCACCACCCCCACUGCCCCUCUCCCAGCCUUCUCCCCCACCCUCAACUACGUCGACCUCUCCUACAACCUCAUCUCCACCUGGUCCACCGUCGACUCCCUCCCUUCCUCCUUCCCCGGCCUCACCUCCCUGAGAUUCACCCACAACCCCCUCUACGACAACCCCGACCUCGACACCCCAGGCUCUCUUCCUCCACCCCCCCAACAAACAACCACCACCAGCACCUCAACCAGCGCCGCCAGCACCCUAGGCAAAACAGAAGAAGCCUACAUGCUCCUCGUCGCCCGCCUCCCCCCAACACUCAAAACCCUCAACUUCUCCACCAUCACCACGGCCGACCGCUCCGACGCGGAAAUGUUUUACCUCUCCCGCAUCACCAAACAGCUGUCCUCCGUCCCGGAAACGGAAGAGCAUUUAAUACUGGAGAAACACCCCAAGUGGAAGUACUUGUGUGAUAGUUACGGUGAACCGACAAUCACUCGUCGGCAGGAGGUGAACCCAAACUUUUUGGAGGCCAGGUUGAUAGAUGUCAAGUUUUGGGCGGUGUUUGAUGGGGAGGAGACAACAGCAAAGAGUGUGAGGGUGCCGAGGGCGUUUGAUAUUUAUGCUGUCAAAGGGAUUGCGGGGAGGUUGUUUGGGCUGAGGGCUUGGGAGGUGAGGUUGGUGUGGGAGACGGGGGAGUGGGAUCCUGUUGGGGGGUUUGAGGUUGAGGGUGGGGAUGGGGAGGAGAGUGAUGAUGGGGGGGAAGAGGAGACCAAGGAGGGGGGCGGGGGAGAGAACAAAAAGGGACGGUGGGUGAAGAGGGAGGUUGAGUUGAAGGAUGGGCCUAGACAGUUUGGGUAUUGCGUUGAUGGGACGGAGGUUACUGUGAGGGUUGAGAAGAGGUGA